AUGCCUCAAGAACCUUAUAUCACACAUUCAAAUGAAUCAAUCACAAGUUCAACUACUGAUUUAGAAUACAAUACACAACCACCUCAAGCAUAUACUCAAGAGAAUUCACAAAGCCCUGCUGCUCAAGAAGAUCAACCUUAUAUUCCUCAUGCUCAACAUAGUCGAAACUCAUCUUUCCAUGAUUCAUUUUCUGAAUUAUCAUUAAAUACCUCACAAUCAAAUAAUCAAGAUGAUGAGGAGGGACAACAACAAGAUCCUGUUCAAUUAACAUCCACUAUGAAUAAGAAAACUACAACUAAUGGUUCAGUAUUGGCUGAUAGAUCAUUACAAAGACCAAGAAAAGAACGUCGUGGAUUAUUAGCACAAUUCUCAUUAAUUCCAGAAUUUAAAGAUGCAAGAGAAUAUCCUGAAAGAUUAAAAUAUAUUAUAGUAUUUAUGGUUGCAUUUUCAGCAAUGAUUGGUCCUAUGGGUACUUCAAUCAUUUUACCAGCUAUUGAAGAUAUUAAAGAACAUUUACAAACUACAACAAUUAUGGUUAAUAUAUCUGUUGGUAUUUAUUUAUUAUCACUUGGUGUUUUCCCAUUAUGGUGGUCUUCAUUUAGUGAAAGAUUUGGUAGAAGAUCUGUUUAUAUUUCUUCAUUUACUCUUUAUGUUGCAUUUGGUAUUGGAUGUGCCCUAUCACCAAAUAUUAAUACUUUAAUUGGAAUGAGAGUCCUGGCAGGUGGAUGCUCUGCUAGUGUUCAAAGUGUUGGUGCUGGUACAAUAUCAGAUAUUUAUGCUCCAGAGCAAAGAGGUAGAGCUUUAGGUUUAUAUUACUUGGGUCCUUUGAUGGCUCCAUUAUUAAGUCCUAUUAUUGGGUCAUUAUUAUUGACUAGAUGGAAUUGGAGAUCUACUCAAUGGUUUUUAGUUAUAAUGGCUGUUUUCUUGGAUAUAAUGGUUAUUAUUGUAUUACCAGAAACUUUACGUACCCAGGAUAAUAAAGAAAUUGUUAAAAAAGUUUUAGCUGAAAGACAAAAUAGAAAAUCAAAUGGUGAUGAAGAAUCUCAAAGUUCUGCAUCCGAAGAUAGUAAUGAAAAACAAAAUCCAUCACCAUCAUCAACUGAUGAUAAUUUAGAAGUUGAAAGAAUUGCUUCAAGAGUUUCAAAUAGAAAUCAAUCAACUUUUGAUAUCAAUUCUGAAGGUCAACCCCAAGAAACUAUGGCUCCAGAAUUAUUUAGAAUUACAACUUCACAAAGAGAUGAAAGAAUUGCACAAAUCAAAUCAAAUGAUUUAGAAAAAAUCAAAACAGAAAUUCAAAAAGAAUUAGAUCAUAAACCAACAAAAACUGAACGUUUCAAAAAAGAACUAUUUGAUCUAACAUUAAAACCAUUAAAAUCUUUAGUCUUUUUAAAAUAUCCACCUGUUGCAUUAGCUAUAUCAUUCUCAGCAAUAUCAUUUGGGAUUUUAUAUUUUGUUAAUAUGACUAUUGAAUAUGAAUUCGCAAGAGAACCGUAUAAAUGGAAAUCAUUAUUUAUUGGGUUUGCAUAUAUUCCAAAUUCUGUUAGUUAUAUAUUUGCAUCCAUAUAUGGUGGGAAAUGGACAGACUGGUUAUUAAGAAAAGAUAAAGAACGUAAUGGAUAUUAUUCUCCAGAAUCAAGAAUCUCAUGGAAUAUUUUUUCAGCAGUUGUUACAUUCCCAAUUGCUCUUUUAAUCAUUGGUUGGUGUUUCCAUUUCCAUACUCAUUGGGUAACACCUUUAAUUGGAACUGCUAUAUUUGGUUAUUCAAGUAUGAUGACUAUUGGCCCUGUUGUUACUUAUUUAGUUGAUUCGCUACCAGGUCGUGGUGCUACAGGUGUUGCAUUAAAUAAUUUUGUUAGACAAAUAUUUGCAACUGUUGCUGUUUUCAUUACUGAACCAAUGAUUAAAGGUAUGAAACCUGGUCCAAUGUACUCGAUGCUUGCAGCGUUGAUUGUUCUUUGGGCUGUUGUUUUAGUUGUCUUGAAGAGAAAGGGGACUUAUUGGAGAGAAAAUUAUGAUUUACAAAAGUUGUAUGAUUCUGUUGAUUGA